CCUGAUCCGCAAUGACGUCUCAUACCCAUACCAUCGGCAUCACGAUCAUGAUACCGCUAUUAUACACAACAAAAGUUAGAUUGCGUGGUGUGCGAUGAGAGCGUCAUCGUGCAGGAAAGUUGAAUUCAGUGAGUGAGUAUCACUCGUGUCAGGUGCAAGUAGAGAGGUUCCGCCCUGCAUCGUUCAAUGGGAUAAAUGCAGAAGAUCGAACGCGAGUGGGCACAAGAAGAAGAAGCAGAAUUGUCACUUUCAGCGAAUGCUAUGCGAUCGAAAACGUGUAAAGUUUGCACGUGUAACCGAUUGCACGAAAGACUAGUUGUGCGUAACUAAUUGGUUCGAUACGAAAAUUGGGGUGUAAGAACGAAUCAUCCUACCAUCAUCUGCGGUUCGGAAUACAUAAAAUGACCGAGGUAUCCGAGUUCGUGCCGUAAUUUAUGUGAAAUUUGGCGUAAAAACCGAUCGAUUGUCUUAUUUAUUGCCUUCGUAUGGAGAAAUGGCUUCAAGACAGAAAGCUUUGGUUAUUUGGUAGCACGUUACCUCUGCUGCCGAGAAGGUCCCGGGCGCCAAGCAAGACCAUGGAACGUUACGAGCGUCUUGCCAGGCUCGGUGAGGGAAGCUACGGUGUUGUUUUUCAAUGCCGAGAUCGUCAGACCGGGCGACUUGUCGCUGUGAAAAAGUUUCAACAGACGGAGGACGAUCCUCUGAUCCGUAAAAUCGCCCUCAGAGAAAUACGCUUGCUAAAGAACCUGAAGCAUCCGAACCUCGUGAACCUGCUGGAGGUGUUCAGGCGGAAGCGCAAGCUACACUUGGUCUUCGAAUACUGCGAGCACACGCUGCUGAACGAGAUGGAAAAAUUCCCCAAGGGUUGCCCGGACUCGACGACCCGUCAGCUGACCUGGCAGAUACUUCAGGGUAUCGCCUACUGCCACAGGCUCGGUUGCGUCCACAGGGACGUUAAGCCGGAAAACAUCCUUUUAACCAACGACGGUGUCGUCAAACUGUGCGAUUUCGGUUUCGCGAGGAUGCUAAGCCCUGGCGAAAACUACACCGAAUACGUCGCGACACGGUGGUACAGGGCACCCGAAUUAUUGGUAGGUGACACGCAGUACGGGACGCCGGUCGACGUCUGGGCGAUAGGAUGCGUGUUCGCGGAAUUGGUGAGGGGCCAGGCGUUGUGGCCGGGGAAAUCGGACGUCGAUCAGCUCUACCUGAUACGAAAAACUCUGGGCGAUUUGCUGCCGAGGCACAUAGCGAUAUUUCAGCAGAACGAAUUUUUCGCCGGUGUUACGCUGCCAGCGCCUCAGACGAUCACUCCCCUCGAAGAUUCUCUGCCCAACAGACCGAGUGCUCCGUUACAGAUCGACUUCCUUACGAAAUGCUUGGAUAAAGAUCCCGAGAAGAGAUGGACCUGCGAUCAGCUGUUGGAGCACCUAUACUUUGAAAAUUUUCACUUCAAAAUGCCGGACGUUGAGAUGGAAGAGUUUGAAAAAUUGCGAAAGUAUCGGGACAGAAGCAGAAAUGCGAACUACAGUCAAAUGGUAUUACCCCAGUUGCCCAAAGUUGGUAUGUCGCAUAACGUUCAUCACAAUCAGAAUGAAAAUCACCGGCCGAAAAGCUCGUCGAGACAGCAACAACCGAACUUCGAUCAUUUACCGACCAUAUGAGAGAUUCCUCGAAUUAUAAACCGGCAUAAUAAUGGUAACAAUAAGAAUAAGAAAAACAUAAAGAACUACGGCAUUAUUAUAAUAGUUAUAAUAGCAACAACGACGACAUUAUUUCUUAAAGUCUAUACUGUGAAAUAUACAAUUAUACUCACAUUCAUUAUCUCGCAAAGAUGCAUAAUCGUAUUAUUCAUAAAUGGCAUCUACAUCGUCGUUGUUGGCCGGUACUUGGAUGAUUUGUUUCCCAUCACAAUCACCGUUAUUAUUAGUACGAAAAAGACAUUGAUCCGUUCGAUUCCUGCAAACGGUUUGUAUAUUAUUAAAAUUUAUUAUAAUUACAAUUAUCACGAUUGUUAUUUUUAUUAUUACUAUCAUUAUUAUUAUUUUAUUCUUAGGCGCGGUUAUCGCGAUCGGCAAACCGUUAUUAUUAUUCUAUCAUCAGAACGUGAAUUUACAUUCCUAAAAAUGACUUACAAUUACUGUACGAAGAUUGUUGCUCUACAGCUUUACCCAUGUUUAAAUACGAGUAUCAUAUUCAGUGUCGAUAAUACAACGAAUAAAAUGUUAUUC